UUCCUGGUUAUCAGGGCUAUAAAUGGGACGCAGCGUUGGCACAGCUCAGACCCCAACCAUGAGCAGCCUGGAUGCCAUCCGGGAGGGCUACGCACGCUUUGAGCCCCACGCCUACCUGCACAACAACUACGUGCCCCCCCGCGCCGACUUCUCCUCCGAGGAAUGCGUGGUGCCCUGGAAGCUGAGAUGUUUGGCCGAAACCUUCGCCAGCGGUGAGAUCUGCGGGCGCACGCUCAUCGACGUGGGCUCGGGCCCCACCAUCUAUCAGCUGCUGAGCGCCUGCGAUCACUUUGAGGAGAUCGUGGCCACCGAUUUCCUGGAGGUGAACCGGGAGGAGCUGCGGCGUUGGGUGCGGGGUGAGCCUGGAGCUUUCGACUGGAGUCCCUUCAUCCAGCACGUCUGCAAGAUCGAGGGGCGCGGGGAGCCCUGGCAGGACAAGGAGCAGCGGUUGCGGGGCCGCCUGCGGCGCAUCCUCCCCAUCGACGUGCACCACGCAGACCCACUGGGCGCCCCACUGCACCCCCCGGCCGAUGCUCUGCUCUCCACCUUCUGCCUGGAGGCCGUCAGCCCCGACCGCGCAGCCUUCGGGCGAGCGCUGGUGAAUGUGGGCUCAAUGCUGCGCCCGGGGGGCCACGCCGUGCUGCUGGGGGCUCUGGGGGAGUCCUUCUACCUGGCGGGCGCCGCGCGGCUGCCCGUGGUGCCGCUGGAUGAGGACGACGUCCGCGGGGCUCUGAGCGAUGCUGGGUUCACCCUCCUUGAUUUCCGCUCCUAUCCCAUGCCCCCCGCGCUGCGCACCGGCGUGGAUGACGUCGAUGGAGUGUUUUUUGUCCAUGCACAGAAACCACUGGAAGGCUGAGCCCCCUCCCUCCCUGCUUCCCACCCUCAAAAAGGCCGCGCUCCUGAGUCUUGCCAUCCCACCCCCACUGCGUCCCAUAAUAAAGCCUGAGCUGAGCACGGCACGGC